AUGGACUCCAUACCUUCGGGGCGAGACUCCAGCUCCCCGCCCAGCUCCAAGCAGGAGCUGUCCUACCCGAGCACCAACCUGAAGCCCAACCAGGUGGGGCAGACGGUGCUGUACGGAAUACCCAUCGUGUCUUUGGUGAUAGACGGCCAGGAGAGACUUUGCCUCGCCCAGAUCUCCAACACCCUCUUGAAGAAUUACAGCUACAACGAGAUCCACAACCGGCGUGUGGCGCUGGGCAUCACCUGCGUCCAGUGCACCCCUGUGCAGCUGGAGAUCCUCCGCAGGGCCGGGGCCAUGCCCAUCUCCUCCCGGCGCUGCGGGAUGAUCACCAAACGCGAGGCGGAGAGACUCUGUAAGUCGUUUCUCGGGGCUCACGCACCGCCUAAACUUCCAGAGAAUUUUGCUUUCGACGUGUCCCACGAGUGCGCCUGGGGGAGUCGAGGCAGCUUCAUCCCGGCCAGAUACAACAGCUCCAGGGCCAAGUGCAUCAAGUGCACAUAUUGCAACAUGUAUUUCUCCCCGAAUAAAUUCAUAUUUCAUUCGCACCGCACGCCGGAGUCCAAGUACACGCAGCCAGAUGCAGCCAAUUUUAACUCGUGGAGGCGACAUCUGAAAUUGACUGAUAAAAGCGGCCAGACAGAUGUGCUCCACGCGUGGGAGGAUGUGAAGGCCAUGUUCAACGGGGGCAGUCGGAAGCGGACGCUGCCGGGCAGUGGGUCCGACUCCAGGUCCCACAUGAAGUCCCAAGGACCCAGCCGUCCCCGGGAGACCCCCGACAUCCCUGCGAAGAUCAUCAGCAUCGAGGACCAGCGCGGCGGCAUGGCGAGCGCACGCAGCUACCCGGUCAUCCCGGUGCCCAAUAAAGGGUUCGGGAUGCUGCAAAAAAUCCCACCACCCCUCUUCCCUCAUCCAUACGGGUUCCCAGCCUUCGGCCUGUGUCAGAAGAAAGACGACAGCCUCCUGGGAGAGCAGAGCAACAAGCCGGGCCUGCCGGGCGUCCUGUGGCCUGCAGCCAAGGACAGCGCCUAUCACUCCUUCCCCAUGUUCUGGCCCGCGGCCGGCGCGCUCCCGAUGCCCCCGUACCACCCGACCCAGCACAAGCCCGUGCCCGAGCUGCUGUGCCCCCCCAGGCAGACCGACAUGGACCUAUCCGAGCACAGUGACCGCAGCACCAACACCUCCAAAGACAGCCUGGUGGAGAACGACCGCUGCUCCAGCACGCAGUCCGCGCGUAACGAGGAGGACAAGUCCGGGGACGAGGCGAGGCCGCUGGAGGGGAUGGCGCUGGUUCCCCGGAAGACCAGCUACGUGUCCGCGUUCAGGCCCGUCAUCAAAGACGCGGACUGCAUCGCGAAGCUCUACGGGAACAGGGCCGUGUACAGCCACUGUCGCACCGGCUAUCUGUCGCCAGACUUUUUAAGCGAGAGCUCCAGCUACCGAUCCGCGUCCCCGUGCGUGGACAGCGAGGGCGAGCCGGACGUGGACGUGGAGACGAACAAGACACCUGAUGAGGAAGAGGAGGAGGAGGAGGAGGACGAGGGGGACUCCCGGCCUCCGUCCUCGGUGUGCGCUCGGACUCCCCCCGGCUUGGCACGCAGUGUCUCGCCCAAGGAGUCGGAGUGUAAGGGCCUGCCGGAGAGCAGGGUGGCCCAGUCCUCUGACAGAGACAUGCACAGCAAGCAGCUUUCAGAGAGACACAUAACCGCGUCUUUCACUGAAGUUUUCACAGCGGAGAGAGCUGGGCUGCAACAAAGGAGCAGUCCGUAUCAGUUCAGAGCUGCCACUUACCAGAGUGGAGUACUUCCAACUAAUGAUGAUGGUGCGAGUAAAGAGGAACCGUCUUCCACAGUGGAGGAGAUCGAAACGAAAUCUUUUCAUGAACACAGCGGCGAGGAGAACCAGCGGGAGCCCGAAGACGGCGAGGACGCGCCAGUCAGAGCUGUGGCAACACAAAGAGAUCUAGAAAGUCUGGCUAAAGAUGAACUCCAGAAGCAGCUGUUAGAGCAGGUUGAGCUGAGGAAAAGACUGGAACGAGAAUUUCAGAACCUGAAAGAUAAUUUCCAGGAUCAGAUGAAGAGGGAGCUCUCCUACAGAGAGGAGAUGGUCCAGCAGCUUCACAUCGUCAGAGAAGCUCACGACGCGUUGCACCAUUUCUCGUGUAAGAUGUUGACUCCUCGCCACUGCAGCGGCUCCUGCUCCUUCAAGUCUCCUCUGCUGCCGCCCUGA